AUGGUAUCUCAGAGAGGAACUAUCAGUUGUUCUCAGCCAGACUUCCAACUUAUUCGAUUCUCAAUUCCGUUUGACGGAGUCUGUCACAUCCAGCUCAACCGUCCUCCCGUCAAUGCCCUGAACACUGCUUUGUGGUCUGAACUGCAGCAGGCGCUCAAUUAUGCGGAGACCAAGCUUUACCCAGAAACUGCUCGGGUACUUUUGAUUUCGUCUAACGCUCGCGGCUCUAUUUUCUCCGCCGGAAAUGACCUCACAGAAUUACACGUGCCGUCAACCACGGAGAGGCGGUUUAAGAAGUUUUGGACAACGAGCACCUCAUUCCUCGCGCGUUUGUACAAAACGCCGCUGUUCACAAUAUCUGCGAUGCGCGGCGCCACGCCUGCGGGUGGCUUUGUCAUGUCGCUGUGCUGUGACUAUCGCAUUGCAUUGAGCAAUACAAUGAUGGGCCUCAACGAGGUUGCGAUCGGGUUGGCUGUGCCACGAUACUGGGGCCGGCUACUACUCUUGACGAUAUCAAAUCGUGCUCGCGGUGAAGAAAUUCUUGCAAACGGAAAAAUGAUAAACGCAAGUGAAGCGUACAGCCUGGGCCUUGUAAACAAAAUCGUCGACGGUGAUCAAAAAGACCACUUGCAUGAGAAUGCACUUCUCGCCGCACAGCAGUGGGCGAAGCAAAAAGAAACUUAUGGAAGAGCAGACACCAAGCUCUCUGUGCGACAGGAGUUCGCCGACUCUUGGGAGGAAUACGGGGUCCCAGAAUCCGAACGGUCCUGGAAGAUGCUAUCGAAGCCUAAAGUAGUGAAGAUUCUUGGGGCUAUUAUGCACCAGUUGAGCAAGAAGACGAACGCCAAGAUGUAA